UCUCGUAGCCUUCUCAAGAUGGCCGCCUCUCCUCAGCGACCUGCGGAGGCGGCUGUUGUGGGAUUGGCGAUACUGAGGGAGCGCUGAGGAGCCGGACAGACAGCCGGCCCCGUGCGCCGAUCCUGCGAGCUGCUGCGGCUGCGAACAAGCCCACCAUGUGGCGGGGCUAGAGCCGGAGGCUCCCACCGCGAGCAAUGAUGUUAGCUGAGACGAGUCUUUCCAAAUGGGGAUGGGGAAGCCUUGUCAUCGUGCUUUUUUUAAUAAAGUUUGGACCAUUUGUUAUAUUUUACAUCUUCUGCUUUGUGAGUGGGGGGUUUGUGGUAAUGCUUUUGUUUGGAAAAACCAGUUCAGAGAAGUACCUUGAACAGUGUGAACACUCCUUCCUUCCUCCAACGUCAUUUGGCAUUACUAAAUGCAUAGAUGAAAUGAAACAAGAAAACAAGUCUAUUAAAAUUGAUAGGAGGCUGACCGGUGCCUAUAUAAUUGAUGAACCUCUACAACAAGUUAUUCAGUUUUCUCUGAGAGACUAUGUACAGUAUUGGUAUUACACACUAAGUGAUGAUGAAUCCUUUCUUCUUGAAAUCAGGAAGACUCUUCAAAAUGCACUGAUUAAAUUUUCUACUAGGUCAAAAGAAAUAGAUUGGCUGCCUUAUUUUGCUACUCGACUUGUAGAUGAUUUUGGCACCCAUCUUAGGAUAUUCACAAAAGCUCAGCAAAGGAUAACAGAAAAAGAUGAUAGAAUGAAAGCAGAAGAUCUUGUAGAUACGUUUUUUGAAGUUGAGGUUGAAAUGGAGAAGGAAGUCUGUCGUGAUCUAGUCUGCACAUCUCCCAAAGAUGAAGAAGGGUUCCUAAGGGAUCUAUGUGAAGUUUUACUGUAUUUAUUGCUACCUCCUGGAGACUUCCAGAACAAGAUCAUGAGAUAUUUUGUCAGGGAAAUCAUUGCUCGAGGAAUUCUUCUUCCAUUAAUAAAUCAGCUCAGUGAUCCUGAUUAUAUUAAUCAGUAUGUCAUAUGGAUGAUCCGUGAUUCUGUUUGCAGCUAUGAGGCCUUUAUGAACAUUAUUAAACUGAGUGACAAUGUAGGGGAGUUGGAAGCAGUGAGGGAUAAAGCUGCAGAAGAACUGCAAUAUCUUCGGUCGUUAGAUACAGCUGGAGAUGAUAUCAACACUAUAAAAAAUCAAAUAAAUAGCUUAUUGUUUGUGAAGAAAGUAUGUGAUACAAGAAUACUGAGAUUGCAGACAGGAAAAGAAAUAGAUGCUGUGAAACUAGCGGUAAAAUGUGGAAAACUUUGCACACUUCCUCUGGACAACAUUCUUGUAGACAAUAUUGCACUACAAUUUUUCAUGGAUUACAUGCAGCAGGUGGGAGGCCAAGCGCAUCUCUUCUUCUGGAUGACAGUAGAAGGAUACAGAGUUACAGCACAACAGCAGCUAGCUGUUCUAUUGAGCCCUAAGAAAGAUGGAAGGCAUCAGACAACUCAAACCAAAGACCUGUUAAGAACAGCUGCAGUUGGAGUUUAUGACCAGUAUUUGUCAGAGAAGGCAUCACCAAGAGUUAAUAUUGAUGACGCCUUGGUAGCAAAGCUGGCAGAAAAACUGAAUCAUGAGGACCCAACUCCAGAAAUCUUUGAUGAGGUUCAGCGAAAGGUAUAUGAGUUGAUGCUACGGGAUGAGAGAUUCUACCCUUCAUUCAAACAGCAUGUACUGUAUGUGCGAAUGCUUGCUGAGCUAGAUAUGCUGAAAGAUCCUAGCUUCAGGGGAUCAGAUGAUGGUGAAGGAGAAUCAUUUAAUGGGUCUCCUACAGGAAGCAUUAACUUGUCAUUAGAUGACCUUUCAAAUGUGUCUACUGAUGAGUUCGUACAACUACGUGCUUGUAUUUCAGAUACUGUCUUUGCUGACUAUGACCCAUAUGCCAUGGCAGGAGUUUGUAAUGAUCAUGGCAAGACAUACGCGCUAUAUGCUAUCACUGUUCGUCGUCGAACUCCAACUGGUGAAGAAGUGUGGAAAACAUACCGUCGUUACAGUGAUUUCCAUGACUUCCACAUGAGGAUUACUGAACAGUUUGAAAACCUAGCAAGUAUAUUGAAGCUUCCUGGUAAGAAAACAUUCAAUAACAUGGACAAAGAAUUUUUAGAAAAAAGGAAGAAAGAUUUAAAUGCAUAUUUGCAGCUUUUGUUAACUCCUGAAACACUGAAAGCUUCCCCAGCUUUAGCACACUGUAUAUAUGACUUCUUGGAAAAUAAGGCCUACAGUAAAGGGAAGAGAGAUUUUGCUCGGAAGAUGGACACAUUUGUAAACCCACUGCGUAAUUCUAUGAGAAAUGUUUCAAAUGCUGUCAAGUCCCUCCCUGACAGCUUGGCAGAGGGGAUGACUAAAAUGUCAGACAACAUGGGCAAAAUGUCAGAAAGAUUGGGACAAGACAUAAAGCAAUCAUUUUUCAAGGAAUCUCCUUUAAUGCAGAAGACAUAUGUUGAUCCAGAACACAGCCGUGUCGGAGCACAGCUUGAGGACAUUGUGGAUGAUACAAUUCCACUUAGAAUAAUGCUGCUACUCAUGGAUGAAGUCUUUGAUCUGAAGGAGAGAAAUCAGUGGUUACGAAGAAAUAUCAAAAAUUUGCUUCAGCAGCUUAUUAGAGCAAUGCAUGGAGAUACACUAAAUAAAAAAAUAGUUGAUCAUGUUGAUUGGAUGACCUCUCCUGAACAGGUAGCAGAUGCAGUGAAACGGCUCAGAGAUGCCCUUUGGCCCAAUGGUAUUUUAGCUGAGGCUGUUCCACGCAGAGACAAAGCCAUCAGAAUGCGAACAAGAAUAGCUGGGAAAACAAAAUUAUUGGGAAUAAUGCCAGAUGAGUUGAAGCAUAUCCUUGGUGCUGAGACAACAAGAAAAGGCAUUCUCCGGGUCUUUGAAAUGUUCCAGCAUAGCCAACUCAAUAAGAGGAUGGUGUAUGUCUUUCUGGAGGGCUUUUUGGAAACUUUAUUUCCAAUGUAUAAAUUCCGUGAGCUCUUCAACAAACUGCAUUCAUGUUCAAAGCAGAUGCAACGAUACAAGCAUAAACUACAAUCUACACAAGCGCCUUCUUUACAAAAAAGGUGACACUCCAAACUAUUAAGUUGGUGUCUAUUUGCCCUGGUUCUGGGCAGAUUCUCUGGGGCUUAAAACUCUCAUGCUGUUAUUUCUGCACCAGUCUUUUAGUGUCACAUAUUAGAUUAUUAAUACAUCCAUAAGAAAUGUGGUUCUUCUCAUCCUUCAUCUGUAAUGCAGCAACUACGCCAUAAACUGGGUUCAUGUGUCUUAAAUGAUUUGGUGCACCAUCGUGCAACAUUGAGAAGAAUACUAGCCUGUUGUGUGAGAUCAUCUGUUCCUUCUGACAGAAUUGAUGAUUGCCAGCAAUGGAAAAGUGCUAGACUGUCCACUGGGAGAUAAGUAAAGCACAACUUAUGAUGGUAGCAAUGGAGGACUCGACUGCUUCGCUUGCAACUGGGAGAUUGUGCAAUGUGAGAAUCAGGUGUGAUUUGAUUUGCAUUAUGACUGUUGGUGCUUUGUAGGUCUUGGUCAGAGGCUCUGGACAAGUUGGCCUAGUAGGAAGCAAAAUCUUUUGGAACAGCUGGUUUUGAGAAACAUUGUUAUAAGAUCCCCCCCAAAAGUACACUUGCUAACUGAAAUCUGAGAGUUUGUGGCACAAAAUCCACUAACAGUCCCCUUCCUGGAUUCUGAAAAUUGAUUGGAGGAAGGCAGAAAUAUAGGAAAAAGUUUGGAUUAGUCUCUUUAUACUCAAUCUGGAUAUAGUUUUAAAGGAAAAGAUUCAUAAUAACCACCUACUAAAGGGAGGGGCAGGUGUUUGGGGAAAGGGAGGUGUUUAAAAAAGGGGGGGAAGCAAAUUAUAAUUCCAUUGAGAACCUAUUUCAAAAGAACUGUACUGUAUGCCAUUUAAAGUCACCCUAAGAUACCUUUAAGUAUGUACACCUCAUGUAAAAAAUUAUUAAAAUGACUUGGUUUCUUACUGACAUGAAAGUCUUCUGGACUUCAUUAAACAGUCAUAUGCAAACAAUUGCAAAUUCCUGAAUGCACCAUUGUGUAUAUAUGAAAAUAAGAGACACAACUACAAUAUUUUUUUAAAAUAACUAUCUUUUUUAUUUUUUUGCAUAAUGUAAAAUUUUAAUAAAUAAACCUCUUCUACACAAACAGCCCCCUGUCUACUAUCCUCUUUACUUCUAAAUGUAAUGUCUAAUUCAGAGUGAAGUAAUAAUUGACUACACUUGCUUAGCCUUAAUUUAUCUCGAACUCAGCAUCUCCUUUUCUGACUCUUCCUGAGUACCUUCCACCACCAAGGAAUUUCUAGAUACUGGUUAUAAACCUUUGAAAAUGCAAACAUCUUUAAAAAUGAGCAUUUAACACUCUCAUACUAAGCACAUUUCUUGGAAGAAAAAGUUAAUCAAACGACUUAUUUCCAAGCAAUGUGAUUCCAGUGGGGAUGUAAAUGCAGUAUUUUUAAGUACUUGGUCUUUCAACUGAGAUCCUUAUGUAGUAACUUAAAACCCAGAAGAAAAUAAUUCAGACCUUGGAGAAGAAAAGGUCCAAUGAGGCAUAGCUAAGGAGGGCAUCUGUUUGAGGCCAGAAUAAGCAGGUCUCCUAUUUCUUUCUCUUCCCCCUUGGGACUCUAUUUAUACUAUAAAGUCUCCUUAAAGGUAGCCAUGCUGUAAUAGAAAUUUUUGCCAUCAUUAUUACAGCAUGUAUGUAUUCAAGUGCAUUUUUUUCAUAUCUAUAUACUGUACACAUAAUCUAUUAAACCAAUAACAGGAGAGCUAAGAUAACAUGUGAAGUAUCAAUUCCCUCAUGUAUAUCAUUCUCCAUGUUCUUAAGUAAAGGUGGCAAUUGAAAUGUUAACAAAUAUUUCCUGGGUUUAAUUAGACAUGAUCUGUGAUCAGGAUAGCCUACUUUUUAAAAACUUAAGCUGCUGCAUGGGACUGCUAAUUCGAUCAGGAAAGUGGCCUUAUGAGAGAUUUUUCGUCCUUCCUUCCUCUGUCUUCCCUUUAGAAUUGGGCCUGAGCCUGUCUUUCUUCUCCUCACAGAGUUAAUAGCAGCUUCUGGGUGGGGGAUAAUAUACAGAGGAAAAUGCCAUGAAAGUAAAGGUUGACACCUCCAUUUCUGAUCAAAUUAGGGUAUAAUGCAAUUGCUUUAAAGUGUUUAAAAAGAAAAAUUACCCAAGUGACCUGCAUGCACAUAUUUUUUUAAAGAAAUGAUGGUUCACAUCUCAGUCUGUGGCCUAGUUCUCGCUGAGGUGAUAAACCUGUCCCAGGGCUGUACCACUUCAGACAUUAUUGUAUACUUCACAAAAGAGAAGAAAUCUUCCCACAUAGUAAACUGGUGGUUAUGUCUUAGGUUUUUGCUUGUAUGUUAGUUUUCUAUGUGCAGGGAUUUUUUUUCUUCUAUGACAAGCAGUGAACAUAUAUAAAUGUGAAGCUGCCUUGAACAGUCAGAAUAUUGACUCGUCUGGUUCUGUAUUGUCUCUUCUGAUUGGCAACUCUUCUCAAGCAGAAAGAGGACCUUCCCAGCAUAUGUUACCAAUAUGAAGAUGCUAGGGACUGAAUCCAGGAUUUUCUGCAUGCAAAGCCACGUGCUUUUUCUCUGAGCCACAGAGUAUGAGUCUGAAAUGAUUCAUCCCAGUAACAGAUUUAAUACAAUAGUGAGAAUAAAGUCUGUAUCACUUCUUGGUGAAGAGCCAGUUUGGUGUAGUGGUUAAGAGCGGCAGGACUCUAAUCUGGAGAACCGGGUUUGAUUCCCCACUCGUCCGCUUAAAGCCAGCUGGGUGACCUUGGGUCAAGCACAGCUUCUUGGAGCUUUCUCAGCCCCACCCACCUCACAGGGUGAUUGUUGUGAGGAUGAUAAUAACACAAUCUGUAAACCGCUCUCAGUGGUUGUUAAGUUGUCCUGAAGGAUGGUAUAUAAAUUGAAUGUUGUUAUUAUUAUUAUUAUUGGGGUCAAAUUACAUGUUGCACAAUCAAAUUCAGAGCUCUUGCAACUACUUUUAAAUCCAAAUAAAAAUGUCAGGAGACUGCAUCCCAGAUAUGCUCUAAUAUGUAUUUUGGCCCCUGAUGGCUGCAUGUUCUAGCCCAGUUAACGUCUAGCAUGGUAAAACACAUGGAAUAUUGGAUACCAAAAGCAUGGCGGGUGUAUAUAAGUCAUAACAGAAUUCUAGCAUUUGACAUUGCUGUGAACACUUGAUUUUUUAAUUAAUACAUUAAUAUGCAGUUUAGGUUACAGUACUUCAAAACGGGGAUGAUAAAUCUAUUAAACAUGUAGUGCCUCUUAUCUGUAGGCAUUUAUCUUAGGCUACAGAGUCAUACUCAACCGUUGAAUUUUUAAAUCUGGUUCAAUAUCUAUAGAAUCUUGAAUUGUGUGAAUGGAACAUAACACUGUAUCACUUCAUUUAAUGCAUUUUCUGUGCAUAGAUAAGGUCUUGUCAUCUGUAUUUAAGUUCAGAGUGUGCCUGUAGGCAGCAACCACCCAUUAUGUCUUUUUCUGAUUAAUUGUUGUGUGUUGUCCUUUCACAUUAUAUCAGCUUUUGUCAUCUACACUUUUCAAAGCACCCCUAAAACUGAUUGUGUAAAUGUCUAGUCAGGUACGCCCUGGCAUAUGAUUGCUGUUACCAGCCUUUAAAAAGAAAUGUGCCAUUGUCCAACUAAAUGCACUUACUUUAGCCUUAAUUAAAAGAAAACGAAGAGUAAAGGUGGAAUAUUUCACAUGGUUCAUCAUGAAACUCUUGCUGCUGGUGUUUGCUAGAACUAAACUAUUAACUCUGAAUGCUACCAGAAUGUGUAUGAGUUUUUUAAAAGUAAAAAUAUGAAUUCCACAAUCUCAGUUUUAAUUUUAGUGCAAUAUUUUCAUGUAAUGCAUGUGUAUUUGAAUAACUGUAUACAAAUGAAGCUUUUUUAAAAGGUUUUGAGAUAAAAGGUAAACUGUCUUAACCAACAAUGUAUAUUCUGUUACUGCUGCUGUGUUGGCUUACUUAAGGACUUGUUUUAAAAGUCUGGUUGUCACUCCUUGUAAAUCCCUUCUUAUCUGUGCUCAAAUGAGCAUGGUUCUUAUGUUACAAGGAGCAAAAUCUAAAGAGCACAUUUAAUAUAGCUGUUAAUAAAUGACUUGUGCAUAUCAUUGUACAGUAUGUGUCAACUGUGUGCCUAAUGGUUCUAUUGAUAUUUUCCCCUAUUCUUUAGCAAAGAAUGAAAACAAAUUGGAAUGGCAAGGUCAUUUUUUUUUCUUCCUGAACAGCUAAGAAUUCUUAAGUUUUUCUUUGGAGUUUGCAUUAUGUUUUGUCCAAUAGAGAAAGCUCAGAAAAUACACUAAUAAAGUAUUAAC